AUGGCAAACGCAAUGUUUGAUGUCCUCCCAGCAAACCAAAGCGCAAGGGGAAUCCCCAUCGAACCUUCAAGCUUAGCAUUUAAGAUCGGCUCCCUCACCAAGAGCACAAAUUCAUCUUUAUAUAGUGCAAGAUAUUAUCCUACUACGAUACAACACAACGCUGCGUUCCUGGAAUUCGUGUCUCACCAAACUGCUCUAGAAGCCAGAGUCUCGUUGGAGGACUGGGCAAGCUAUUUAAACCAAACUCAAUGGGAAAGGACGAAGUUGGACCCACAAGAUAUUUUUGCCGUCUUAGAUGCAUUAGUGUGUUGUGUAAAGUCGGGCCUCGAAAAUAGCCUACGUAUUCAGAGGAGUUACAGAGAUGAGAAUCAGAUCUUGUUUCUGGUGCAGCAGAUGAGGAUCAAGAUCUUACGAUGUUUGGGAAAAGCGGACCUUGGGAGGGAGAUGGCAGAUGAAGAGGAGCUCGUGAUGCUGAUGCAGAGGACAUGA